AUUUUGAUAUCGACCUACUAAGUGAAUUAUUAUUUUGCACUGUUCGUUUGAUCAUUUAGUCCAUAAUAACUAGUAUGAAAUCGCUGAUGUGAUCCUAUCGAACAUAACGAUGAUAUUUAAAACAGUGGCAUUGUGUGUGAUUUUUCAUGCAUUCUGCUUCGUGGAUUGUGCUAUAAGUAAUGCACCAGCUAAUCACCAUGUCAACAACUUAAUCAACAAAGAUGAAAAUGCAAGCAACACCACACUGCAACAUAUGGAAAAGAUUGCUACCCCAACCAAAAGCCCAGAAGAUGUAAAGAACACAAAACUCGACCAUGAACUCUUGAAGCCGAUGAAAACAACAACCAAAAUCACCAUUCCAUCUGUCCAUCAUAAAAAAGUUCUUACUUCAAUAGUACAUCCAUUACCUCGAACAAUGCACGAUAUGAUGCCUCCAAAAUCUUCCCAUCUAACCCCUUUAGACCAAAAGAAAGCCCAUGAUGAUAUCUUGAAACAUGAAGUUCCAAAGCUUCAGAAAAUGCUACACCAUCAUUUUACGGUGGAAGAACUUCGUCAGCGACGAAAGGAACUCAAGGAGAAAUGGCAAGCAAGACACAGUAAACCACUCGGUCUCCAUAACAAACAUUCAAUAAUAUCGAAAAACCAGAAGAUCGAUCAUAUUAUAGAAAAACAAGGUGUAGGGGCUAUGUCAACAAAAUUAAAAACCAUUGGAAAAACACCAGAUAUUUAUGAACAGGUCACUCCUAGAACCAGAAGAAUACUUGAGCAUAAGGAAGAGGAAUCCGAAGAAAAAAGUAUUGACCUUCUUCAUUCCUUGAAAACCAAACACCGUUUCUCUGCAAAGACACAUGAUAGGACAACUCUACCAACCCUUCCACCUAUAAAACAAAAUACAGAAUCCUUCCAACCAGAAGUUUUUCAAAUAAACAGUGGUAAAAUCCAUCAUACUCCUGAAAGUGCUUCCGCAUCAGUAUCACAUGUCGAAUAUUCAACGAAAAGCCAUUUCAAUCCAGAUGAAUUUGAUUUUGGUUUUCCUGAUAUUUCGCAUCAAUUACGUCCUGAUAUAGCUUCUGAUAGAGACUGGCCUCCUUAUUAUUCUUCUAGCUCAACUAUAGCUUAUCAACCACGAAAAUCAGAAGCUGUGAAUAUCAAACACCCAUCCGAGCUUGAAGAAGAUAUGGACUCAAAAAAAAGACAAGGGGACAUAAGACCUUUUGGGUAUGGACCCCACGCAGAAGAGUUCAUUCCAGGAUUCAACGUAUUCAAUAUAUUAGAUAGUCAACGUACUACAAAAAGUCCUAAAUCCAGGUCAGUAGCAGUAAGAACCACAACAUUGCCUCCAGAGCCAGUACUUGAUGAUGUGGUGAGCGUCAAAAUUGACACUUCUAAAACUGCAAUAGAAACAUUAACAGUAAGAAUAGACACUCCACCUUUUUACAGAAAACUAAAUCCUCAUGAAAAGUUUUUGGCUCAGAAACCCGUUUUCAGUUAUGGGAAAUCUGCUGAACAAGUUGGUGAUUCAAUCGACAUUCAUCCUGGUCUGGAAAAUGAGCAAGUAACUAUCAAGAUCGAUACUCCACCUUAUUACAGAAACCUUACUCACGAAGAGAAAAUUCUGAUACAGAGACCACUUUUUGGUCUUGGAAAAUCUGCUGAGCAAGUUGGUGAUUCAAUCGACAUUCACCCUGGUCUGGAAAAUGAACAAGUAACUAUCAAGAUCGAUACUCCACCUUAUUACAGAAACCUCACUCACGAAGAGAAAAUUCUAAUACAGAGACCACUUUUUGGUCUUGGAAAAUCUGCUGAGCAAGUUGGUGAUUCAAUCGACAUUCACCCUGGUCUGGAAAAUGAACAAGUAACUAUCAAGAUCGAUACUCCACCUUAUUAUAGGAACCUUACUCACGAAGAGAAAAUUCUGAUACAGAGACCACUUUUUGGUCUUGGAAAAUCUGCUGAGCAAGUUGGUGAUUCAAUCGACAUUCACCCUGGUCUGGAAAAUGAACAAGUAACUAUCAAGAUCGAUACUCCACCUUAUUACAGAAACCUUACUCACGAAGAGAAAAUUCUAAUACAGAGACCACUUUUUGGUCUUGGAAAAUCUGCUGAGCAAGUAGGUGAUUCAAUCGACAUUCACCCUGGUCUUGAAAAUGAACAAGUUACUAUCAGGAUCGAUACUCCACCUUAUUACAGAAACCUUACUCACGAAGAGAAAAUUCUGAUACAGAGACCACUUUUUGGUCUUGGAAAAUCUGCUGAGCAAGUUGGUGAUUCAAUCGACAUUCACCCUGGUCUGGAAAAUGAACAAGUAACUAUCAAGAUCGAUACUCCACCUUAUUACAGAAACCUUACUCACGAAGAGAAAAUUCUGAUACAGAGACCACUUUUUGGUCUUGGAAAAUCUGCUGAGCAAGUUGGUGAUUCAAUUGACAUUCACCCUGGUCUGGAAAAUGAACAAGUAACUAUCAAGAUCGAUACUCCACCUUAUUACAGAAACCUUACUUACGAAGAGAAAAUUCUAAUACAGAGACCACUUUUUGGUCUUGGAAAAUCUGCUGAGCAAGUUGGUGAUUCUAUCGACAUUCAUCCUGGUCUUGAAAACGAACAAGUAACUAUUAAAAUCGAUACCCCACCUUAUUACAGAAACCUGACUCAUGAAGAGAAAAUUCUAAUACAAAGACCGCUCUUUGGUUUAGGCAAAUCAGCCGAAAAUUCACGUAUAUCAACUAAACAUGGAAAAAGAAGUUAUGAACAUACCACAAAUCUUCCAGAAAGAAAUGCUAUGAAAAUUGAUGAAGAAUCCCAUGUUGAAUCUCAUGUUAAUCAGGACUGGAGAGAACACCUCAGAAAAGCUGUCAAAGAGAGAUUACGAAAAUUGACUGAAUCAGAAGAAAAGAGUUCGACAUAAUAAAUAAUCUGAUUCUUUUCUGCAUAUAAUUUUUUACAUUUGUAGACUUUCAAUAAAUGACUUGUUUCAAAUAA